AUGUUACUUGGUCUACGAGUUGAUGGAAAAGCUAUCAACGGUCCCACCGAGGUAACGAACUUUGUUUAUAGGGAAAACUUGGGGGUGGAACCUACAGAAGAUGAUACAAUUAAAUGUUCUGUUAGGAUCACCUGGUUAGAGAGUUUAUACGAAAAUUUAAAAAAUAAAACUGUCCCCACACAAGAAGAAGUUCUGUUAGAGGCCAAAAUUUAUAUUUUACUUGUAAUCGCAACAAUUUUGUUUCCUGACAAAAGUCAGAAUCUAUUGCAUUCUUCUUGGAUCCCUUUCGUAGGGGAUCUUGUUGCUUGUGGUACCUAUAGUUGGGGUUCUGCAUGCCUUGCAAAAUUGUACAGAGAAAUGUGCAAGGCAGCAGUCAAAGAUGUUAGGAGCAUGAAUGGUUGUGUUCUUCUACUGACUUCUUGGGCAUUCACACGUAUACCAUUGAUCGCUCCUGUUACCACAGUGGAACCGCCAUUUCCAUAUGCACAAAGAUGGGCGCAAAGAGGAAUGAAUUACCGUGUAAAUCCUCGUUUUCAUCUUCAAGGAUAUCGAAACGCAUUAGACCAUAUGCAAGAACAAGAUUUUAUAUGGAGGCCGUACAUUCAAUAUCCGGUGCCCAGUCUUGAAGAUCGCCAAAUCUGGAGUGCAACAACUUACCUUAUUUGUUUCUAUACCGUUGAGAUGCAUCAAACUGAUAGGGUAAGAAUCCAGUUUGGAUUAGACCAACAAAUCCCUCCCCCACCAAGGUGUCUAAGGGAACACCACGCAAUGACCAUGCGAAAAGCUCAAAAAGUUAAUUGGCGAGAGUUAAACAAGGAGGAGGUGAGAGAAUGGAGACACAGAAGACAUGUGAUUUUGUAG